GCAGUUUAUGCCAGAGAAACAGCCCGGCUCACGGCUUCGCAGAGUGCUUGCGGUGUACUGAGUCCUUAAAUGUUGAGAACGUGUAACAGCUUUGAUUUCCCAGAACUCUGCCCUUCCCCAAAAGGAAAAAGAGAGAAAUGACCAAAUUCCAGGAGGCAGUGACGUUCAAGGACGUGGCCGUGGUCUUCACGGAGGAGGAGCUGGGGCUGCUGGACCCCAGCCAGAGGGAGCUGUACCGAGACGUGAUGCUGGAGAACUUCCGGAACCUGCUCUCUCUGGGGCAUUCCUCCCCCAAACCAGAUGUGAUAUCCCAGUUGGAGAGAGAGGAAAAGCUUUGCAUGGAGGAGGUCCACACUCAGAGAGGAGGCAGGAAGCAAAACGAGGAGACUCUUCACCGAGCACAAGUAAGGUGCCUUUCAUUGGGAGAGCUUUCGUGCUGGCAGAUCAAGAGACAUGUUGUGAGCCAGUUAACCAAAGAGCAAGACUCCAAGAUAAAUAUUCCAGGAAAGAGUUCUCAGUUCCCUGCACUGUGUGAGUCCCCCUGUCAGGUGGGAGCAGGAAUAUGUAUUCAGGCUUCCGUGGAAGACGGCUGUAUAAUGAACCUUAUAGAGGAUUCUUCCAAUAUUCUUGAAGAUCAAGAAUUUCUGGCCCAGAGAGCUCAGAAUCCUUGGAGCAAACUCUAUCUCAGCGAAACGCAGACUCAAGUGAAAAACCAGCUGUGUAUAUUUGCUCCGUAUGUGAACAUCUUCAGUUGUGUCUCCCACCACCGUGAGGACGAAAACGCUCACCACGACGACUGUGGUAAAGACAUCUUAAAGGAGGCCCCGCGGGUCCAGCAGACCUACCACUGUGCCCAGUGUGAGAAAGCAUUCAGUGACGGCCCCAGUCUUGAGCUGCAUCAGCAGGUACACUCGGGAAGGAAGUCCUCCGCGUACGGCACACGGGAGAAGGACGCCAGCUACAGCUCAGCUCUGCCCGGGCCACAAAGCGUUUACACAGGGAAAAAACGCUACUGGUGUCGCGAGUGUGGGAAGGGCUUCAGCCAGAGCUCAAACCUGCAGACGCAUCAGAGAGUCCACACGGGGGAGAAGCCCUACUCGUGCCUCGAGUGUGGGAAGAGCUUUAACCAGACCUCUCAUCUUUAUGCCCAUUUGCCGAUCCACACAGGAGAGAAGCCCUACAGAUGUGAAAGCUGUGGCAAGGGCUUCAGCCGGAGCACAGAUCUGAACAUUCACUGCCGCGUGCACACAGGAGAGAAACCUUACAAAUGUGAGGUGUGCGGGAAGGGCUUCACCCAGAGAUCCCAUCUGCAGGCCCACGAGAGAAUCCACACUGGGGAGAAACCAUAUAAGUGUGGAGACUGUGGUAAACGCUUUAGCUGUAGCUCAAAUCUGCAUACCCACCAGAGAGUGCACACGGAAGAGAAGCCAUAUAAGUGUGACGAGUGUGGGAAGUGCUUCAGCUUGAGCUUUAACCUUCACAGCCAUCAACGAGUCCACACGGGAGAGAAACCGUAUAAAUGCGAAGAGUGUGGGAAGGGUUUUAGUUCAGCCUCAAGUUUCCAGAGCCACCAAAGGGUUCACACGGGGGAGAAACCAUUUCGCUGCAAUGUGUGUGGUAAAGGCUUCAGUCAGAGUUCCUAUUUUCAAGCCCAUCAGAGGGUCCACACUGGAGAAAAACCAUACAAAUGUGAGGUGUGUGGGAAACGCUUCAAUUGGAGCCUGAAUCUUCACAAUCAUCAGCGGGUCCACACCGGAGAGAAACCUUAUAAAUGUGAAGAGUGUGGAAAGGGCUUCAGUCAGGCCUCAAAUCUUCAAGCUCAUCAGAGUGUCCACACUGGGGAGAAACCAUUCAAGUGUGAUGCAUGUCAGAAGCGAUUCAGUCAGGCCUCCCAUCUUCAAGCCCAUCAGAGAGUCCACACGGGCGAGAAACCAUAUAAAUGUGACACAUGUGGCAAGGCCUUCAGCCAGAGAUCUAAUCUGCAAGUCCAUCAGAUAAUUCACACUGGAGAGAAACCAUUUAAAUGUGAGGAGUGUGGGAAAGAAUUCAGUUGGAGUGCUGGGCUCAGUGCUCAUCAGAGGGUCCACACCGGAGAGAAACCCUACACGUGUCAGCAGUGCGGUAAGGGCUUCAGUCAGGCCUCACAUUUUCACACACACCAGAGGGUCCACACUGGAGAACGGCCAUAUAUAUGUGAAGUCUGUUGUAAAGGCUUCAGCCAGAGAUCACAUCUUGUGUACCAUCAGAGAGUCCACACUGCAGGAAAUCUGUAGAAAUGGGAGGUGGGGUGUGGCAUUCAGUGAGAGCUCAUGUCUUCAUCUCCAUUGGAAAAUCGAUGCUAGUCAUUGCAGAGAGUUCCUUCAGAACUCAGGAGCUCAAGGAAACUUCACAUGCAAGAAGCUCUGUCAGGUGCUCUCUUUAAGGAUGCUUGGGUGCUAAAUUCUUUGCGAAUCAGAUUUCAUAGAUGAGAGAAAACCUCUUCUAUAAAUACGGUCACUGUUGGUGCCAGCAUUCUGAAUGUUCAAUUUCUAAGAUGCAACACAAAAGAAUUUCAGAAUUCAUCCACGUCUACCCAGGAAAAAGGCCUUAUAAAUGAAGAUUAGGGGCAGGACUUUAACAAAAGUAUCGGGACAGACCAGUAAAAUUAAUGUCAAGGCAGUGUAACCUCCAUAUAGGAAGGGAUAUUUUACACUUUAUCUCUACUGUGUAGAAGUGCACUUGGCUCAGAUGUCCAGCAAUUACUGGACAAAGUGGAGAAAAAUCUAUAAUUAGGACAGAUACAGUAAAACCUUGCUUUUACGUGUGCCAUACGCGGGUAUAAUUCAUUCCGGAAACAAGCUUAAUCCAAAGCACUUGUAGAUCAAAGCCAAUUUCCCCAUAAGAAAUAACAGAAACUCAGAUGAUUUGUUCUGCAACCCAAAAAAUAUUCGUAUAAAAAUGAUUGCAACACUAAUAGAAUACAGAAUAUUAAAAAAAAAUUAACCUGCACUUACCUCUGAGAACCUUCAUGGCUGGUGUGAGGGAGACGAGAGAAGGGUUAUUGUGUAGGACGACUUUCACUAGCACUGAUGGAAUCACUGCUGUCUGUUGGUUCAGUGGAAUCUCCUGCAUGGGGGCCCUUGUAUAAACUCGCACAGAUGUUGACUACAGUACAAUAUUAAUAAGCUCUUGUCAUAUACUGUAUUUCUUGUAACUGGCAGUAAGGCAGCAAUGGGUCUCUAUCUGCAGGCAGCCUGACCUAGAAUGAAGUAAAGCCUUCCUAAGCUUACUCUUGUAUGGAAAAGCAAAAGACUGUCCAUAGGUGCUUUGAAGCGACAAAAAUACACUAGUGACAGUUGUGGUCACCCUCCAGUGUUGAAAAAUCACUGAUUUCUGCCAAACACUGCAACCUGAGACCAAGCAUCUGAGCAUGGGCUCCCGCAGCGAGAGAGAGAGAGAGAGAGAGAGAGAGAGAGAGAGAACCAUUGGCUCGUGAUCAUGUGACAUUGGGCAUCAGGUAUGCCUCGUACUGGAAGACAUCACUCUUCUAUCAAGUUAAAAUGUAUUAGAAAUGUUUGCCCAUCUUCUGGAACACUCACCGAACAAGUUACUUGCAAUCCAAGGUUUUACUGUAUUUGAAAAUUCUAUUUCCCUACCCAGAAUUCAUAAUAAUAUACUAAAAAGGAAUCCUCAAGUAGCCUUAAUGAGAUUAAUUUCAGGAAAUACUCAAGUGCAGAAAAUCAUGUAACACUCGCAUCCACAGUAACGCAAAUUUGGAUGAAAUGUGUGAAUGGCCCCCAUCGCCGAUCUGGCCCUGGUUCUUUGUAGUGUAUCAGCCCUGUUGUACAGUGUAAUAUUUAUUAUCAUUAAUUUGUAUUUUAUAGACCAAAACAUACAAUUUUUAACCAAUCUAAUACCAUGAUACAAUUUAUAUGCUUGGGAAUUUUGGACCCUAAUCCAUCAAGGUAGAUUUCACUGUAACUCUUUAAAAGUGUUAAGAGUAGUUACU